AUGGAAAUAGAGAAAGGGACGGGGGCAGCCUCGAGGAGGCAAGGAAGUACUCGAAACUGGAGUUUUAGAGCUUCAACAAGCAGGAGAAGUUGGGGAGUUGAAGAUGUUUUUGCAAGCCUUUUUGGCAUUCGAUUGGCUGAACGAGCCAAAAUUACUAUACUUAAAGAUGCUUCUGGGAUCAUUAAACCAUCAAGGAUGACACUUCUACUGGGACCUCCAUCAUCCGGGAAAACAACACUUUUGUUGGCUCUUGCUGGGAAGCUUGAUCCUUCCUUGACGGUGAAGGGAGAAAUUACCUACAAUGGCCACAGAUUGAACGAAUUUGUGCCUAAGAAGACAUCAGCCUACAUCAGCCAAAACGAUGUUCAUGUUGGAGAAAUGACUGUGAAAGAAACUUUGGAUUUCUCUGCAAGGUGUCUCGGUGUUGGUUCACGAUAUGAACUUCUAGCCGAAUUGGCAAGGAGAGAAAGGGAUGCCGGAAUUUUACCAGAGGCUGAAGUUGAUUUUUUCAUGAAGGCGACUGCAGUGGAAGGUGCUGAAAGCAGCCUAAUUACCGACUACACUCUCAGGAUAUUGGGACUGGAUGUUUGCCGGGAUACAAUUGUUGGUGAUGACAUGAACAGAGGAAUCUCAGGGGGUCAAAAGAAGCGUGUCACAACAGGAGAGAUGAUCGUUGGUCCAACCAAGACAUUGUUUAUGGAUGAGAUAUCAACAGGGUUGGACAGUUCUACCACAUACCAGAUUGUCAAGUGUUUACAGCAGGUUGCACAUCUGACAGAGGCGACCAUAUUGAUGUCCCUUCUCCAGCCAGCUCCCGAGACUUUCGACUUGUUCGAUGAUAUCAUUCUCUUGUCAGAAGGCCAGAUUGUGUAUCAGGGGCCAAGAGACAAUGUUCUUGAAUUCUUUGAAAGUUGUGGAUUCAGCUGCCCUGAGAGAAAAGGAACAGCAGAUUUCUUGCAAGAGGUUACAUCCAAGAAGGACCAAGAGCAAUACUGGUCUGAUCGAAGCCGGCCGUAUAGAUAUGUGCCAGUUUCGGAAUUUGCAAUGAGGUAUAAAAACUUCCACGUGGGACAGCAGAUUGAGAGUGAGCUUUCAGUUCCCUAUGACAAGGCUCGCAGUCACAAAGCAGCAUUGGUGUUUAAGAAAUACACAGUUCCCAUGAGAGAACUAGUCAAAGCGAAUUUCGAUAAGGAGUGGCUUCUUAUCAAGAGGAAUGCAUUCAUCUAUGUUUUCAAGACUAUCCAAAUCAUCAUCUCCGCGCUUAUUGCUGCAACAGUGUACCUGAGGGUUAAAAUGCACACCAGAAAUGAAGAUGAUGGGAGCCUCUAUGUUGGUGCCUUGCUGUUUGGCAUGGUUGUCAACAUGUUCAAUGGUUUUGCUGAACUGUCUCUCACAAUUCAGAGGCUUCCUGUGUUUUAUAAACAAAGGGAUCUUCUGUUCCACCCUCCUUGGACUUUCACUCUACCGACUUUCCUACUUCGGAUACCAAUUUCCAUAAUGGAGUCUCUUGCAUGGGUUCUUGUGACAUACUACACUAUAGGCUUUGCCCCUGAAGCUAGCAGGUUUUUCAAGCACCUAUUGCUAUGUUUCCUCAUCCAGCAAAUGGCUGCCGGGUUGUUUAGGGUCAUUGCAUCUACAUGCAGAACUAUGAUUAUUGCAAACACCGGAGGAACUCUGGCUCUUCUCCUGAUUUUCCUCUUGGGUGGUUUCAUCCUACCAAAAGGUGAUAUUCCGGAUUGGUGGGGAUGGGCAUACUGGAUUUCACCUCUCACUUAUUCCUUCAAUGCUUUGACUGUUAAUGAGUUGUUUGCUCCACGUUGGAUGAACAAAAAUGCUACUGACCCUAGCAAAAGGUUAGGAAUACAAGUAAUGGAGAACUUCGAUAUCCACCGGGACUCAAAUUGGUUCUGGAUUGGAGCAGGAGCCCUGGUGGGAUAUACAAUACUUACCAACAUCAUUUUCACCAUUGGCCUGAUGUACCUUGACCCUCUUGGAAAGCCACAAGCUACAAUUUCCAAAGAACAGGCACAGGAAAUGAAAGAAGGUCAAAGAGAAGCUAGGGAAGAGUCAGGUUUCAGAACCAACAAGUCAAAGAAAGGAGAAAUAGCAAUUCAGCCAUACAAUAGAAAUGCUAAUGGAAAUGCCAUCAGUAGAAAUGAUUCGAAUAUUGACACUGCAACUGGAGUUGCUCCAAAGAGAGGAAUGGUUCUGCCGUUCACUCCACUUGCCAUGGCUUUUGAUGAUGUGAAAUACUACGUCGACAUGCCCUCUGAAAUGAGAGACCAAGGGGUCACUGAGGACAGACUUCAACUACUGAGAGGAAUAACUGGUGCCUUUAGACCAGGAGUUCUAACUGCUUUAAUGGGAGUCAGUGGAGCAGGAAAGACCACUUUGAUGGAUGUUCUAGCUGGACGCAAAACAGGCGGUUACAUUGAAGGUUCUGUAACCAUAUCUGGAUUCCCGAAAGUACAAGAAACUUUCGCAAGAGUCUCGGGCUACUGUGAACAAACUGAUAUCCACUCACCUCAAGUAACCAUUCACGAAUCAUUGAUUUUCUCGGCAUUCCUCCGGCUCCCAGCUGAAGUCAGCAAGGAGGAAAAGAUGAUUUUUGUCAAGGAAGUGAUGGAACUCGUUGAGCUAGAUGACUUGAAGAAUGCCCUUGUGGGACUUCCAGGUGUAACUGGUUUGUCAACAGAGCAGAGAAAGAGAUUGACCAUUGCAGUCGAACUAGUCGCGAAUCCCUCUAUCAUAUUUAUGGAUGAACCAACUUCUGGCCUUGAUGCAAGAGCAGCAGCCAUUGUCAUGAGGACCGUGAGAAAUACCGUGGACACAGGCAGGACAGUUGUUUGCACAAUUCAUCAACCCAGCAUUGACAUUUUUGAAGCUUUUGAUGAGCUACUUCUAAUGAAACGGGGAGGCCAAGUUAUUUAUGCAGGACCACUAGGACGACAUUCGCAUAAGAUUGUCGAAUACUUUGAGUCAAUACCUGGAGUGCAGAAAAUCAAAGAGAAGCAAAAUCCAGCAGCAUGGAUGUUGGAAGCUAGCUCCAUUGCAACUGAAGUUAGGCUUGGAAUUGACUUUGCAGAACACUACAAGAACUCCGCACUGUUUCAACGGAAUAAGGCUCUGGUGGAUGAGCUAAGCACCCCACCUCCAGGAGCAAAGGACCUGUAUUUCCCUUCACAGUUUUCACAACCAUCAAUGGGCCAGUUCAAGUACUGCUUCUGGAAGGUGUGGAUGACCUACUGGAGAAGCCCAGAUUACAAUCUUGUUCGGUACUUCUUCAGUCUGGUGGCAGCACUCAUGGUUGGAACCAUUUUCUGGGGUGUAGGGACGAAAAGGGAUAACAGCAAUGAUCUGCAGAAAGUUAUUGGAGCAUUGUAUGCUGCAGUACUUUUUGUUGGGAUCAACAAUUGUUCAACGGUACAGCCAGUUGUUGCAAUCGAAAGAACAGUGUUUUAUCGCGAAAAGGCAGCAGGAAUGUAUUCGUCAUUACCAUAUGCCCUGGCACAGGUUGUUGCAGAAAUACCAUAUAUACUAAUCCAGAAUACAUACUACUCACUCAUCGUAUACGCCAUGGUUCAAUUCGAGUGGACAGCAGCCAAAUUCUUCUGGUUUUACUUUGUCAACUUCUUCUCUUUCCUCUACUUCACAUACUAUGGAAUGAUGACAGUCUCCAUCACACCAAAUCAUCAAGUGGCUGCCAUUUUCGCGGCAGCAUUCUACGGACUUUUCAAUCUUUUCUCUGGAUUCUUCAUCCGCAGACCUAGGAUUCCCAAGUGGUGGAUUUGGUACUACUGGAUUUGCCCCGUGGCGUGGACUGUGUACGGAUUGAUUGUAUCACAAUACGGGGAUGUCGAGGAUACCUUUAGGGUGCCAGGGGUACGUGACCCAGUGAGAAUCAAAGAUUACAUCAGGUCACAGUAUGGAUUCAGAUCAGACUUCAUGGGACCAGUGGCUGGAGCUUUGAUAGCUUUCACCAUCUUCUUUGCAUUCAUAGGGACGAGUACGAGGCCAACAGCGGAAGUGAGGUUUGAGAAUUUAAGGGUGGAAGCAGACUGUCAUGUAGGAGAAAGGGCAGUUCCAACGUUGCCAAAUGCGGCUCUUAAUAUUGCGGAAUCGCUUCUCGAGUGUUUCGGGAUUGCAUUUAGGUCAUCGGCUAAGAGAACCAAGCUCACCAUACUCAAGGAUGCCUGUGGGGUUAUUAAACCCUCAAGGAUGACACUGCUGCUAGGACCCCCAUCCUCCGGGAAAACAACACUUUUAUUAGCUCUUGCCGGAAGAUUGGAUCCCAAGUUAAAGGUCAGAACAGCUGUCAGUGGAGAUGUAACAUACAAUGGGCACAAGCUGAAUGAGUUCGUGCCUCAGAAGACAUCGGCAUACGUUAGCCAUAACGAUGUUCACUCCGGUGAAAUGACCGUUAAGGAAACCUUAGAAUUUUCCGCAAGCUGUCAAGGAACUCGUUCAGAACUACUGGCGGAGCUAGCAAGUAGAACAAAAGUUGUUGAAGCUUUCCCAGAUGCCAAAAUCGAUCAUCUUAUGAAGCUGGACGGAGAGAUAUUAGGGCUUGAUAUAUGCCAAGAUACUAUUGUUGGGGAUGAGAUGCGUCGUGGAAUUUCAGGGGGCCAAAAGAAGAGGCUCACAACUGGAGAAAUACUUGUCGGGCCAACAAAAACGUUGUUCAUGGACGAGAUAUCGACAGGUCUAGACAGCUCAAGCACAAUGCAAAUACUCAAAUGCUUACAACAAAUAGUUCAUCUCACCGAAGCCACCGUGCUCAUGUCCCUUCUCCAACCUGCGCCCGAAGCGUUCGAACUAUUCGAUGAUAUAAUUCUCUUGUCUGAAGGCUACAUUGUGUAUCAUGGUCCUCGACAACUUGUCCUGACCUUCUUUGAGAGUUGUGGUUUCAAGUGCCCUGAUAGGAAAGGAACUGCUGAUUUCCUACAAGAGGUUACAUCCAGAAAAGAUCAAGAGCAAUACUGGAUGGACAGAACCCAAUCAUAUAAGUAUAUUUCAGCCCAUGAAUUUUCAGAGAAGUUCAAACAUCACCCAAUUGGAAAACAACUCGAAAAUGGUCUCUCAAUUCCUUAUGACAGAGCUUGGAGUCACAAAUCAGCUUUAGCCUUCAAAAAAUACUCAGUUCCAAAAAUGGAGCUUCUCAAGGCCAAUUUUGCCAAGGAAUUGUUACUGAUGAAAAGAAAUCUUUUCGUCUAUGUAUCAUUUGGUAUCCAGAUCAUCCUGAUAACACUCAUAGUUUCAACUGUGUUUCUAAAGCCCAGAAUGCAUUCCAGAAGUGAAGAUGAUGGGGUGAAAUACAUUGGUGCAUUGAUAUUUUGCAUGGCCAUUAAUGUCUUCAAUGGCUUUGCUGAACUUGCUCUAACCAUACAGAGGCUUCCUGUUUUUUACAAGCUAAGAGACUUGCAUUUCCACCCUUCUUGGGCUUUCACACUCCCUAAUUUCCUGCUUGGAUUGCCGAUUUCACUGUUUUACUCUUCCCUCUGGAUGCUGGUAACAUAUUAUGGCAUGGGAUUUUCCCCUGAAGCUAGCAGGUUUUUCAAGCAGUUUUUGCUGGUGUUUCUAAUUCAACAGAUGGGGUAUGGAUUGUUCAGGCUCAUUGGAAGCAUAUGUAGGAGUAUGGUACUAGCAAACACAGGAGGAGCUCUAGUUGUUCUCAUGAUGUUCUUGCUAGGAGGUUUUAUACUUCCUCAAGAUCUUAUAUCAAAAGGGUGGAGUUGGGCUUACUGGUUGUCACCUUUGUCAUACGGUUUCAAAGCUCUAUCAGUGAAUGAAAUGACUUCUCCUAGAUGGAUGAACAAAUUGGCCUCAGACAAUGUGACAAGGUUGGGAGUGGCAGUGUUAAAUGAGUUUGACAUCCCUCCAGAUGCGAAUUGGUAUUGGAUUGAUGCAGCUGCCCUUCUUGCUCUAGGAAUGUCACAGGCUGCAAUGUCAAAAGAGCAGAUAAAAAAGAUGGAAGCCAGAGAACAUGAGAUUGAGGAACAAAUGGAACCUGAAAAAAUCAGCAACAAGAUAAAGUCAGCCCAAAGAAAUACAUCCAAUGCUGGUGACUACAACUCAAGAAAAAGUAGCCAUUCUGAAGCUAAUGCAUCAAGUAUAACUGCAGGUACAGCUGCUGAGUUUACAAGAGAAGAUGCGCCUAAGAAAGGAAUGGUUCUACCAUUUAAGCCUCUAACAAUGAGCUUUAAAGAUGUAAACUACUUUGUGGAUAUGCCCGAUGUAAUGAAGGAAAAAGGAGCAUCAAGUGACAGGCUGCAAUUACUUCGCGAAGUAACUGGUGCAUUUAGACCUGGAAUUCUUACUGCAUUGAUGGGAGUCAGUGGAGCAGGGAAGACAACUUUAUUGGAUGUUCUAUCAGGACGAAAGACUAGUGGUUAUAUAGAAGGAGACAUCAGAAUUGAGGGAUUCUCAAAGAAACAAGAAACCUUUGCGAGAAUAUCAGGAUAUUGUGAACAGAAUGAUAUCCAUUCACCUCAAAUAACUGUCCAUGAAUCUCUAAUAUUUUCAGCAUUUCUUCGACUUCCCAAAGAGAUCAGUAAGGAGGAGAAGAUGAUAUUUGUGGAUGAAGUGAUGCAUUUGGUUGAACUUGACAUGAUAAAAGAUGCUGUAGUUGGGCUUCCAGGAGUUACUGGUUUGUCAAGGGAUCAAAGAAAGAGAUUGACAAUUGCAGUCGAGCUUGUCGCGAAUCCCUCAAUCAUAUUUAUGGAUGAACCAACUUCUGGUCUUGACGCAAGAGCAGCCGCCAUUGUCAUGAGGACAGUGAGAAACACAGUGAACACGGGAAGAACAGUAGUGUGCACCAUUCACCAACCUAGCAUUGAUAUUUUUGAAGCUUUCGAUGAGCUACUUCUGAUGAAAACUGGAGGCCAACUAAUAUAUGCAGGGCCAUUAGGCCUGCACUCACAGAAUGUAAUAAAAUAUUUUCAGGCAAUUCCUGGUGUUCCAGCAAUUAAAGAUAAGCAAAACCCAGCCACUUGGAUGCUGGAAGUAACCUCUGAGACGAUGGAGCUACAGCUUGGAAUAGAUUUUGCCGAGUACUAUACAACGACGACAUUAUGUCAACAAAAUAAGGAUCAAGUGGAAGAGUUGAGUGAUCCUGCACCUGAGGCAAAGGACCUCUACUUUCCUACAAAAUUUUCUGAGCAUACAUGGGGACAGUUUAAGUCAUGUUUGUGGAAGCAAUGGAAGAGUUAUUGGAGAAGUCCAGAUUAUAACAUUGGAAGAUUCUUCUUCAGCUUAGCCGCGGCCCUUGUGGUUGGGUCAAUCUUCUGGCAGAUUGGAAAUAAAAGGGACAACAAUGAAGAUCUUUUGACAAUUAUUGGUGCAAUGUACAUUGCCGUCCUGUUUGUUGGGAUCAACAACUGCUCAUCUGUGCAACCAAUUAUAGACACUGAAAGGACCGUUCUUUAUCGCGAAAGAGCUGCCGGCAUGUACUCUGCAUUGCCUUAUGCUAUGGCACAGGUUGCCGCAGAAGUACCAUAUGUGUUUGCUCAGAGUACAUGCUAUACACUGAUAGUUUACAACAUGAUGAGUUUCCAGCUGACAGCAGCAAAAUUCCUGUGGUUCUACUUUGUGACAUUUUUCUCAUUUCUCCAAUUCACAUACUUUGGAAUGAUGACAAUGUCGGUGGCGCCGAAUCAACAAGCUGCAGCAAUCUUUGCUGGAGCGUUCUAUUCACUUUACAACCUGUUUUCUGGUUUCUACAUCACAAGACCAAAAAUUCCAUUGUGGUGGAUUUGGUAUUACUGGAUUUGCCCAGUGGCAUGGUCAACCUAUGGAAUUAUUGUGUCACAGUAUGGUGAUGUGAAGGAUACCAUUGAAGUUCCAGGAAUGUCAGAAAGACCAAGCAUUAAAGACUACAUUAAACAUGAAUUUGGAUAUGAUUCAGAUUUUAUGGGACCAGUUGCGGUCGUUUUGAUUGGUUAUGCAGCAUUUUUUGCUCUUAUGUAUUCGUUUUGUAUCAGCAAGUUAAACUUCCAAACAAGGUAG